UGAUUUCAUGACUUUCCCUUGCUCUGCAACUUCGUUCAAGUAUCAAUUCUGCAAUGUAGACGCCAAAUGGCCCGAAUCAAGCGUGCGACUGUAUUCUUGCUGCAAUCAUUCAUUAUUACUUUAGCCAAAACUGCGUGGGGUGCGCGGCUGCUGCAACAGUCAACAGCUGAUGACAGGGCGAGCGCGCUGCAGAAUUGCUAUAAUGAACACUACAACGGGACGGCGAGCGUGUUUGAGGAUUUUCUGCGCGGCUUCAACACCAGCCUGUACCUGCACCAGGCGCUGAUCAGCGCCAAGCCCGCCCCCCUGCCGGUGACCAUCUUCGUUGGCGCCACCCUGGAGCGGCUGGGGGCCCUGGAGGCCCAGUGCCGCGCCUGGCCCCGCGGCCCGCUGUCCGCCGCGCUGUACCUGCCGCUGCUGCAGCGCCAGGACGGGAGGCGGCUCACGCCCGACAACACACAGGCGCUGAGGGGGGCGGCAGAUACGGUGCGGGAGCUGUUCGAGCGCAUGGAGGCCGCCGGCGCCUCCGCCUGCUCGCUGACCGCCCUGCUGCUGUACGAGGCGGUGGCGGACCCCGCGCUGGCGGCGCUGGUGCCCAUCAACGCGCUGCGGGACGCGGCGCUGCUGCCCGCCGCCACCCCGCUGGUGGCCAUGGUGGAUGUAGACCUGGCGCCCAGUGCCAGCCUGGCGGGUCAGGUGGCGGCGCCGGGGCAGGAGCGGCUGGCCCAGCUGCAGCGGGCGGCUGAGUCGGGCCGUGUGGCCUGGAUCCUGCCGGCGUGGGAGACGCACAAGCGCCUGGGGCUGGAGGAGGGGGGCCACGUGGCGGACACGGCCAUUGCGGGCGAUAAGUCCGGCCUGCGGCGGCUGGUGGAUCAGUCGGCACUGCACUACUUUGCGCGGCUGGCCUACCGCCGCGGCCACGGCCCCACCAAUUUCACCAGGUGGCUGGACGCGCUGGAGCCGUACACGGUGCCGUACGCCGACAACUACGAACCCUGGUUCAUCAUAAGCAGGACGCUGUGCCCGCCCUACGACGUGCGCUUCCGCGGCUACGGCUGGAACAAGGUGCAGCAGGUGGCGCUGGUCGCACUAACCAACUUCACCUUCGUGGUGCACCCCGACGCCUGGCUGGUGCACCGCCCGCACCCCAAGAGCCGCAGCCAACAGCUGUACGACACCAGCGGGCUGGGGGCAGGCGCACAGGCGGCGGCAGCGGCGGCGGGGAGAGGUGGUGCAGGGGGAGGCGGAGCGGGCGGAGGGAGAGGCGGCGCAGGUGCAGGCGGAGGCGGCGGCGCGGUGGAAGAGACGCGCGAGUGGAAGGGCUCCCGCGCCCCGCUGUCGCGCCUGUUCCACCGGCGGGUGGCGGCGCUGCGGCACGUGACAAUCCGCGACAUGCGCCGCCGCACCUACGCCGCAGCGGUGGGGCCGCAGGUGUUGGCCUGCCGCGCGGCGCUGCCCUGGUGGGCGGGCGUGGACCCCGAGCCUGGGGGGUGGGGCACGGGGCUGUGGGGGCCCAAUGGGACGGAGGCGGGGGCGGUGGGGGCGGGGGUAGGGGCAGAGGUGGGGGCGGUGGGGGCGGGGAGUAGAGGCGGGGGCGGUGGGAGAGGGUUGUUAGGGGGGCAGGGUGGCGGCUAAGCUGUGCCGGCGGGAGGCGGGGUGGGGUGGGGUGGGGGGGGAGUGGGGGGCGUAGCGAUGGCGAUGUGGAUCCGGUUGCGAUGUUCGAACUAGGAUUGGAACUUGUCGCUUCGACACGGACUGUGCACGCGCCGCUGCGAGCGUGCGUGACUGCGUACUGCAUGGGGUGCGGUGAUGACACGCCCGAUGCCGACGACGUAUGUAUGUACUAGAACAAGCGGGCGCCUGUGGGGUCGGCCGGAAGGCGUAGAGCCAAGAUUGAGGGGGAUUACCUUGCGCUGUGAGUGUGGCUGAGGGUCGGCGGCGUGGUCGGUGCAGCACUGCAACUGCGUUUAUGAGGGAGCGGAGUGCGCGUGCAUAAUGUACGGCAAUGGGUGGGGGAAACGCGCCCGGCGCCCC